AGUAGCGUGAUAACCUCAAAAAACAACAUAACCUCAAAAAUUCAAAUUUGUGUGUGUUUUGUUGUUUUUAAAGAUUUUUAGGGUGUUUUUGAUAUAAAAUGCGUUACGCGCAGUUAGUUAUAGGCCCCGCCGGGUCAGGCAAGUCUACAUAUUGUUCAGCGAUGGUUCAACACGGGGUAGAUUCUAAAAGAAACAUAGAAGUAAUAAAUUUAGACCCUGCUGCUGAAUAUUUUGACUAUCAGCCGUUAGUAGAUAUAAGAGAAUUAAUACACGUACAAGACACAAUGGAGGAUGAAGAGUUACAUUUUGGCCCCAACGGGGGUUUAAUAUUCUGUAUAGAAUACCUACUGGAAAAUUCUGAUUGGUUAAGGGAUCGUAUGGGCGAACACGAGGACGAUUAUAUUUUAUUCGAUUGCCCAGGUCAAAUUGAACUCUACACCCACCUAACAGCCAUGAAAAAACUCGUAAAACAGUUACAAGACUGGAAUUUCAGCAUUUGCAGUGUUUUUCUUGUAGACGUUCAAUUCAUGACCGAUGGGGCCAAAUUUCUAUCAGGUACCAUGGCUGCUCUUAGUGUUAUGGUAAACUUAGAGUUACCACACGUAAAUUUGUUAUCGAAAAUGGAUCUUCUAAGUAAAACAGCCCGUAAAAGACUGGAUAGGUUUUUGGAGCCAGAUGCACAUAGCAUACUAGGCGACGUAGAACUGGCUGGAAAUUUUCAUUUCAACAAAAAAUACCGAAAAUUAUCCGAAUCCAUCGGCCAUUUAAUAGAGGAUUAUUCAUUGGUCCGUUUUAUACCUCUUAACCUCAAAAACGAAGAAAAUAUCUCCGAUAUAUUACUGACGAUUGAUAAUAUUAUACAAUACGGCGAAGAUGGAGAUGUAAGAACGAAAGAUUUCGAAGAAAAAGAUGAAGAAGAUGAUAAUUAAUUGUAU